AUGUUUACUGCAUCUUCGACUAAUUCUGACACAACAACAUCACCUUCGGUGAAAUUAUUAUCUAUCGACGAACAUCCUCAAACAACACAAUUUAAUACUAAUCAAAAUACUAAUAAUCUUGUUGUCAGUGAUUCUUUAUGCAUUGAUUCGUCUGAACAUAAUACUCAGGAACUUUUAACUAACAUACAUCAUAACAGUCCAACUAGCAGUAGUAAUAAUAACAAUUAUGUACUAAAUUCAAACAAUAAGACUACCUCAUUUCCUUCUAGUAUUACGGACCUUUCAUCAUCAUCGUCAUCGUCCCUUUUUCAUUGUGAAAAUUGUCCCAUAUGUGGAGAUAAGGUAUCUGGUUAUCACUAUGGUCUUCCUACAUGUGAAUCUUGUAAAGGAUUUUUCAAACGUACUGUGCAAAACAAGAAAGAAUAUCAUUGUAAUGAACAAAGAAAUUGUGUUGUUGAUCGAUUACAUCGGAAAAGAUGUGCUUAUUGCCGAUUUCAGAAAUGUUUAAUUGUAGGUAUGAGAAUAGAAGCUGUUCGUGAAGAUAGAAUGAGAGGUGGACGUAGUCGUCGUGGACGUUCAUCGUACUGUACAACACCGAAUUCCAACAGUAAUAAUAAUAGCUCUGAAACAGAUCAUAUAAAACAUUUACUUCCAUCUAACGUUUCUGCAAUGUAUUCAAAACCUGUUGACAGUGAAUUAUACAGUAGUAUUACUCCUCCACUUCCUCAUACUACUUCUACCAUAAAUGUAAAUAAUAUCCAUCUUCCAAGCAGUGACAUUGAUACUUCCAAUAAUAUUACAACAUCACUUCCAUACGAUAAAGAUUAUUGUAACAAGCGAUCGCCAAUAAUUGUCCCGUCACUAUGUACAGUAAGUAAAACCAUCUCUGAGACAGAAUUUCCCACCUAUUCUUCAUCCUUAACGUAUUCAGUUCCACCACUUACAACCGCAUGUACUACAACAGUGAUAGUAUCACCAAACCAUUCAGCUUUGUUGUAUGAAUCUAGCGUAUUCAGCUCAAAUUGUUCUCAAAAUGUCUUUAUUCUGAAACCGGGAUCAUCAGUUGAAGAAAUGAAUACUGAAAACGAUCAUUUAUCAACAUCUUCAUCAUCAUCACUAUCAAAGCAUUCCAAUUGUCAGAAUGAUUCUAGACCUAAUUCGUACAAUACUUCAUCUGUUAACUCUUGUUCUUCCUCAAGUCCAGUUUAUCAUCAUAAUUCAUUUAAAGCUAUUGAUCAUACAAAUGUAGAUAUGUCUGACAGUUGUUCAACUGUUAUUUGUAAUUUAACUACUCCUUUCAUGAUUACUGAUUCUUUAAAUUUGGUUUCAAUUGAAUCUUCUGAUAAUUCUACUAUUACUACUACUGAUUCUAUCAUGAAUAUUGCUUCUUCAUCUACCGGCCUGUCUACAGAUACAUAUACAAGUCUGGGUAAUCUACCUUUAACAGAUUCUUCUUUGGUUUGUCGAAGUCGUUCUUACUUACCUACGCAUAGUAUGGAUUCUCUAGACUUCACUGAUUUAACUCAAAAGCUUCCUAGUACCACUACUACAACUACUACAACUACAACGACGACAACAACAAUAUUGAAUUCGAUGAGUUUAUCAUCUAUAUCCUCAUCAGCAUCAUUAUUAUCAUUUUCUACUGGGAUGCGUUCCUCUAAUGCAGAUUUUGUUGAUUUAUCGAAUUCAGAUCCGAAACGUUUACGUUUAUGCUUUACAGAUGUAAAUAAUACUGUUUAUGCUAUGGCUACUACUUCUGUCACUGGUACUACUAACACUACUACUACUACCUCACACGUUGGCGUUAGUGGAUGUAACGAAACAGAGGAGUUGAAUAAUUAUCAACAAUUUUCAUCUCAUUUGUUAAAUCAUUCCUAUGAUCAGAUUUCACACUACCAGGCUAAUAAUAGUAGUCGGAUCCAUUCACGUCAUAAAACUUCUUCUCCUUUAACAUCGUUACCAUCAUUAACAACAGGUGUGUCUUCAACAUCAACCUCAGGUAUUUGGUAUCCAUCAUGUCUUGAACUUGUAAAUUCUUCUAAAUCAUCUUUUCUCCCUACAUCAUCAGAAUUACACGACUCAUCCGUUAUGAAUGAAUGUUCUAGUUAUCUUCAAAUUAUGGACACAAAUUAUCACCCCUUAAUAAAAGAUACUCCUCAGUCAACGUCAGUUUAUUUAAAUUCUAAUCUUGCUACUCUAUCAUCAUCAGUUUUGCGUCCUUCGAAUAUUGUGUUACAAAAUGUCAAUGAAAGUGUCAGUCACAGUAAUAUUACUUGUAUUAACAAUACAUCUAUUGGUCCUAACCCUGGUUCUGCCGCUGUAAAUACUACUUCUGUCAUGAAUAACAAUGAUAAUACUUCACAAUUACCUUUACAUACCGAUAAUCCUAGUCAAUCUAUUCCACCUUUUCAACAUUAUUCUCAACCAAAUCCUAAAUUACAUCUUAUGUAUAACCAAACGCAUGCUAGUUUUUGUAGUCCAGUUGCUUGUGGUUUAUCUGAGUCUAGUUUGGAUUUAUCUGGAAAUUUGCUCAACACUACUACUAAGUCUACAAGUAAUCCUAGCAGUUCAUGUUUACCUUUCGAUUUUGAUAAAAACAAUUCAUGCUUCCCCAAUAAUAAUAGUAUUAAUAACCACUUAUAUCCAUUAACCUCUUCAAUGAAUGAUAAUCAUUAUCAUCAAAAGGUACGACAACAAAUAAAAAAUCCACUCCUUCUGCCUCCACCACCUUUGCUUGCUUCUUUUUCUAACCAUCCUUAUCCAAACUUUGCUAAUGAUCAUUUGAUGAAUACCACUACAUCACAUACACAAAUGAUGAUGAAUUCCACCUCUGUAAUAGUCGGUUCCACAAGCUCUAUGAAUCAGCCAAAUCCCACAGAUUUUAUUGAUCUUGAAUCAGCAAGAACAGAUCGUGGUGAAUCAGAGGUUGGAGGAUCAAGUGAAUCCGAAGUAUCCGGUGAUUAUUGUGGCGUCAGAAGAACUGGUGAUAAUCUUAGAAGUACUAACAAUCACAACGAUAAUAAUGUCAAUGCUACUAGUAAUAAUCAGAGCAAUGCGAGCUUUGGAUUGAUAAAUAAUGAAUUAUUAGCAAAAACAAAAUAUGAUUGUAACAUUAAUGAUGAUGAUUAUUUGACAGGUGAUGAUACCGAUGGGGACGAUUGCACCGAUAGUAUCCUUGAUGAUGAUGAAGAUAAUGAUUACGAUGAAAUAAAUGAAUAUGAUAAUGAUGACGAUGAUGAUGACGAAGACUAUGAUGAACAUGAUGAUGAAGAUGAUGAUGAUGAAACGGAAAAUGAUAUUGAUGAUCCUGAUAGAAAUUUCGAUGAUGAACAAGACAGAGAGGAUGAUGAACUCAGUGGUGCUGGUGUUUGUGGUGUUACUAGUGUAGGAGGAGGAGGUGGUGGUGGUGGAAGAGAUAUUCUUGAUAUGUCUGAAGGUACUGGUCAUUCUAGUUUCACUUGUUCUACAUCAUCUUACCAUAAAUCAGAAUAUGAAAGUGAAUCAAAUCAUACUGGUGCUACUAACUUUCAUCUUAAUACUGCCUCUGCGACAUCUACUAACAGUAAUGCAAAUAAGAUUAAUAACGUUAGUAACAAUAAUGAAAUUUCGUUCAGUAAUAAUUGUACUUUCCAAGUGAAUGAUUUUAAAUUUGGACAGAUAUUUACAACGUCAAUAGAACAUGAUUACAAAGUUGUGGAAGUGGUUCAGAAAUUUAUUCCUAAAUUGAAAUAUAGUCUAUCUGAAUUAUGCUCAUUUUUAAAGUCUAAAAAUCUUGAAUUAACUAACAAUAUUGCUACUGCGACACCAUCGUCUUCCUCUUUUACAUCAUCAUCAUCAUCGUCACGAAAUAAAAUAAUCAGUGAAUGCAUCAAUACGGAGCCUAUGUUCGUGUCUAGAGAACCAUCUGUAGAAAAUGCUUCAAACUCCAUUUUACCAUUGUCACCAUCAUCAUCGUCAUCUCUUGUACAUGAAUCACAGUUGCAUAAUAAUGGCAUUGAUUCUCAGGGAAAAUCGCUAAGUCAUUUUGACUCGGCUGAAUUCAACGUGCCAAUGUUUAGAAAUAAUAAAAUUAAUUGUUUUCCAACACUUGGCAUUUCUUCUUCUUCAUCUACUUCUACUACUACUAUUACUCAAACAAAUGAAAAUAGUACUGCUAUAAUUAAUCGAUAUCUAGACGAUAUAUUAUCUUCCUUAUGUUCGUUAUUAGAAACAUGUUUAUUUUAUUUAGUGGAUUGGAUGGCUCAAAUAGAAUCAUUCAAAGUAUUACCGGUUGAGGAUAAAAUGCAAUUGUUGAAUAGUAGUUGGAGUGAAAUUAUCCUAUUGGAAUUUAUUCAUUUCUAUGUAACACAUUUAAAUAAUGUUAAACGAGCAAAUACGAUACUAACGGAUUCUAAACGACGUUGUACAAAUGUCAUGGAUCCAUUGAAUAAUUACUCAUCAUUAAUUCCAAUGAAUACAAAUUCUAUGGGUUGUAAUGAGCAUAAUAACCCAUUAAUUGCUACUACUACUACUACUACUGCUCCUUUUACUAAUAGUACUACUAGUACUACUACUACUGCUACUACUACCAAUAUUACAACGGCGACGACGACGAGCACAACAACAACAUCCUCAUCAUCGUCAUUACUGUAUCAUUCUUCUGUAUCUAUGGAAAUAUGUGAUCUUAUUGAGAAUUUGUUAAAUAAUCUUUUAGGCGGCAUCGAUAACUGUGGUAGUGCUGGCGCUGCUGCUGGUGCCGGUGGCGGUGGUGGUGGUGGUCAAUCUGAGUUAAAACAUAAAUUAAAUGAUUUAUUGACAAUGUUUCAAAAACUCCAACUAGAUAAUAAAGAAUUUACAUGUUUGAAAUUUAUUGUUUUAUUUAAUCCUUUAAAACAUGAUACCUUUUUAACAUCGAAUUUAAGUUAUGCAUUGAAAAUUCAAGGGAAAUUUUGUCAUUUCUUAUUGAAACGUUCACGACGAUUUCUACGUUUAACAAAUGCAUCAAAUCAAUCUCAAAAACUCAAUCAUACAUCGUCAAAUGAAUUAAAUACUAUACUUCUACCUGAUAGAUAUGGUCAAAUUUUAUUAGAAUUAGCAGAAAUUAAAUUUCUUGCUUUCCAAUUAGAAAGUUUUUUACUUGUACGAUAUAGAUUAGGUAAAAUACCGAAUGAAAGUUUAUUAAGUGAAAUGUUAUUAACAAAACGUAGCCGAGUGUCACAUUCUACGCAACCGUCUUAUGGUAAUCUAAUGACAUCACCAAUGAAAUCACCACCGUCUACAACAUCAUCUCAUGCAAUGCCAACAACACGUCACUUUACAUAUACCAAUGUUAAUUCAAAAGUUAUUCCUUCACCGUCACCUUCAUCAUCUAUAGAUGCUGAUCGUCGAUCAAAUGAUGAAAUGAUAAAACACUCUAAUGAAGCUUCUUCUUCUUCACUAUGUAUAAAUGAUCUGAAUAGUGGUGGUACUACAAUGAUGAUAAAUUCUUCGGGAAAUUUAUCUAACACGUCAUUCACUUCUUUUUCUCUUCCUUCAACUCUUUCACUUACUUCUCUUCAUUCGUCUAAUUCCAUUCAUCAGUUGAGCAAUAAAAAUAACAAUUGUGAUAAUAAUGAUUCAUUAAUUUUUAAAAAAAUUGAUUCACAAUUGUCUUGUACAUCAUUUCUUAAUUCUUAUACUAAUUCUCCGUUAUACACUCCUACUACUACAACUCAAUUAGUUUAUAAUCAUUGUUUCAUUAACAAUGAUAAUCAUGUUACUACUACUACUAGUACUACUACUACUACUUCAAAUCAUAAUAAUAACACUUUUAAUGAACAACUACACGAGUCAUUGUCAACGGUAACAACAAUACCGGCGACAACAACAUCACUUGUAAACCAUACCUCAAUAUUAUCAUGAGAAGCAUUUGUUCGUUUGUGCUUUUUGUUCCCCUUUUCUCCUUCUUUUAUUUUUCUUGUGUUUUUCGCCUUAUUUAUAACUUCAUAUUCGUGUCUAUUUGAAAGAGAAAAGAGCAUCAACCAUAAUUAAUCUUUUCUGUAGACAGAUCGUCGCAUAAUUCCCCCCCCCCCUAUUUAUACAUUAAUCAAUUAAUCAAUCAAGGCAGGAUUUUUUUUCACCACUUCUUUAUCACAGUACUUUCUGUCCGAUUAUUUUUGUGUGUGUAAGAAAUUUUGUUUGUUUGUUUUUCUUUUCUAUGUACCUGUUCUUAUCUUUACGCAGUGUACACUAUGUGUAAAUAUAUUUCGUAGUUUUGUGUACAAAUUAUUUUCCUUGUUUGUAUGUGUGUAUAUCUUGAGUGCAUUUUUUUUUCUGAGACAGGCUAAUAAGCACAUAUAUUUGUGUGAUUGCUUAUGUCCACUUAUGUUCAAACUCAGGAGUAACCAAGUCUACCUCGGGAUUUUUUUUCAGUAUCAUGUGAUAGGUUUCUCGUAGUAAUAUUGAUAAUAAUAAGAGAUGGGGAAAUUUUUUGUCUAUCUAACCAUUUUUUUUCUUGCAAACACCUUUCUUCUUUUCACCUUGUUCACCUCACUGUAUGAAAGUGAAAAAAGGGCAUGUAGUAAAGUGAAUCAUUGAAAACAGUUUAUUUCAUCCAUUGUGAAAUAUUUGAAUUUUUGUUUAAUUAGUACGUAACUGAAGUGUAGACCAGCACUGAAAUUGGGAUUAGGAGUUAAACGAUCAAUUCUAUUGUUUCUUUCUUUUCAUAUUUCCUAUUCCUAUAAAUCCAUUGAACCCUAAUUUCAUUGUUUCCCUUGUAGUUCAAUUGUUCUUGCCCCAACCUCUAGCUUCCCCUGUGUACUUAUUCUCUUCUUCCAUUGUUUAUUAGGUAAAACAAAAUUGUGCGUUAAUAUUGAAGAGACCACGCCUUUUUUAAUUUAUUUGUCCUACUUUAUCUUUCUUGUCAUUUGUUUCUCUUCUCAUCUUCCAUAUGCACACAUGUACAC